GACCCUGAAAUUUGUUUGCUGUUUUUCAUAUUACAUUAAUCACUCCAGUCGUCGAGUUAAAACGCAGGUACUUCGUCAUAACAUUUUACGACACACCUGAAUUUCUUGACGCGUAGAUCAUUGGGCAAUAAAAAAAAAUUCCAUACAAAUUUAAACCAGAGGUGGCUACGGUGACAUAUACCGCAAGAGAUCAAAGAUGGAGGUCUACAAAUGGAUAGUGCCUGUUCUGCUAGUUUUGUUUAUCUGUGUUACUAACGCGCUGAACCCGGAUGGAACGUGUGACAGUGACAGUGACUGUCCUCUCUCUUUCUACCACUGCUGUUCCGGAACUAUCUGGUGUUGUCCUUCCGGGUACAUCUGUACCGGAUCAUCAACCUGCCUAAGUAUCGGAGUUAUCGUCGGUCCCAUCGUCGGCCUGGUCGUCCUCAUCGUUUGUGUCGUUGUUUGCUGUGUGUGUUAUAAAAAGAAACAACAGACACAAGGUGUGGUAAUGAGUCCCCAGACAACAACUCAACCUGGGUAUGGACAACCGGCAGCUUAUGGACAACCUGGCUACGGACAACCGCAAGGUUACGGACAACCGGCCGCGUACGGACAGCCAAAUGUAUCUGCAAAACAAUAGGAAUAUGGACGGUCAAUUGAUAACAAUAACUAUUGAUAUGAACAAUCUUUUUGUUAUAUGUAUUUAUCAUAUAUUGUUCUAAACCUUGAUGUUUUUAUAUGAAGACCAGGACCAAUUUUACUCCGUCAAUUAACUAGCGUGUAUGUAAGAAAUGUGCAAAAAAAAAAUUGACAAGUGUGUGUGUGCGUGUGUGAAAGGUACAUACAUAUGUAUUUAGAUGAUCAAAAUGAAAAAGGUAUUUCAUUGUUGCCGGAGAACAUUCUAUCAAGCGGAAAGGUGACUACUAGUAUUUCUUUGUUUAUUUUUAUUGAGUGUUUUUUGGGGGUUUUUUGUAUUUUUUUUUUUUCAUUUCAUGAAAUAUGAUGUGUAGUAUUUAGAUUUGUAUUUUCAUAAUAAAAAGUUUAGAAACCAAA